AUGUCGACAGGACGACUGAGACCUCCGACAACUCAAGCCUACCCAUCCUCCGAUUACUUCUUUACGAGCCCUGGUUGCCCGCAAGACAUUAAUUUCGGCGACCCAGGAAACACCGAAUUAAAACUAAGCAUAUGUGCAUCGCAGUUUAGAUUUUCAACAAGCCCCGAAAAUGAAAACUCCAUAUCUGAAGAGUAUCAGUUCCUGCACCAUGAUCUGUUUUCCUUAUCAUCCGAAGACAAAUCGUUUCUACUUGCCAAGGGUUCAUUUUCUUUGCCAAGUCGAGAGCUGGCAACAUACUUCGUCGAAAAAUUCUUCCAGCGAAUCCAUCCAGUUGCGCCUGUCAUCGACGAGGCUCAGUUCUGGCGUAUUUGGGACGGACAAUCCGAAGAAAGGUUUUCCCUCUUCGUUUUUCAGGCAUUGCUUUUCGCAAGCUGCCCCUUUGUUCCACUGCAAGUCCUUCAAAAAUGUGGAUAUACCAACAAGAGAGAUGCUCGAAAGCGGCUUUACGAUAAGGCAAAACUGCUCUUUGACUUGAAUGCCGAGACAAAGCCGUCGGCCAAGACCCAGGGUGCUAUAUUUCUCACACACCAUACUUCAGCCGAAGCGCCACAGGCGGGAAGCUUAUGGCUAAGCCGUGCGAUUGAAAAUGCCAUGAUGAUUGAUUCUCAUCCAUCCGCCAUCUUCGAAAAUUUCCCGCAGCACCUGACAAGACGCAUUUGGUGGACCAUACUGCUACGUGACAGAAGUCUUUGCAUUGGGUUGCGCCGACGCCCACAGGUGGUCUCAAUCGAUAUAUACGGUUGCCGAGAUUGGCUGAGCGAAGAUGACUUUUGCGAGGAACUGCAUAGCUCAAAAGUCCAUGGAUAUCAUACCAAAAUACAGCUACUCAUCGCCCUUCAAGAGCAAUGUGGCCUAGCUGUUCUGCUCACAGACUUGGUUUCCUUAGUAUUUACCCCUGGAGUGACAGCAAUGACCAAAUCAUCGGUCGCUGAGCUACGCCGGAAUUUGAAGCGAGUGGAAGAUAUCAAACAAUCCCUGGUUCAGUGGGAAACCAAAGUCCAACCUCCACCAAGCCCAGACGUUCAUUCAACCACUGAAGAUGCAGCCGGGGCAUUGAGAAGUUUGACUUUCAUGUACUAUCGGGCUGCCCAGGUCGAUCUUGCACAGUAUGCAGCUCUUCUUCUGGAGGAACAAAUCUCUUCCUCAACAGAGUUAUAUGAACAUUCCAUUAAGCAGAUCGCAAGAGACCUGGCGGUGGGGAUUUCGGGUCUGACUGAUGUCAUGGACUAUUUCAGUGUCAAUGGAAAUGUGGAGCAAUUGCCACUUAGCGUGCUAGCAUACGCCGCGAUGCCACUUGUCUUGGCAGCAAUUGAUCUCAAGCUUUCACCAUCUUAUCGGGAAACACAGAAACGACAAAAAAGGUUGGACUCCAUCAGCCGAAUCAUUCGACAUUCAGAAUCGCUUUAUGAUGUUACAGACUUUGUUGCAGUGGGGACCAAUCAGAUCUUACAGUUGGCGUACUCAGUAACACGCAGCAUAUUCCUUCCGUGCGCUUCACAAUUGCGAAUCAGUCCAGUGUGCGACCACUACGACCUUAAAGUCCAGAAGCAGCGUAACGUCGGCUCGCGUGUGCGCGCCAAAUGUUGGUUCGAUGCCUUUCUCAGCUGCCCUCGUGCGUAUCUCUUAAUUUCAACUUCUGUGGAUUAUAGCCUUGCAGUCGGUCGUCUUCCCUGUCAGGACUCUCUUCCUGUAUCAGUUCGACAGUUGCCUCCAAGCAGUGGCAUCUCCAGGCUGCCAUGGUCAGCCAGUCUAUGUACAGAGAAUGAAAUAAUCCAUAAGAUUGGCAGGAAAGAUGAAAGAAAUACCCAAGCUCACUCCGCAUUGACGAAACCUACAAGCACUGUCCCGGUGCUCAAAAGUGCACUAAACGAAUUCAAUUAUUUGGACCGAAAUGGGACCAUUCACAGCCAAUAUAAACAAGGAUACCAGAAUCAAGGGCUGUCGCACCAAAAUGAAUGGCACACCUACCCGCUAUAUGGAGAGAAAUAUGAACGAAGAGAUCACAACUUCAACAUCCCCGUGGCUGUCAAUCUUGAUUUCUUGGAACUUGAUGGCGGGCUCAAGUCACCGGCACUGUCUCCUCUCUGGCACUCAAAAGUGUCUGACAACGCCGGUUUUCCGCCACUAGCUUCCUUGGCCCACGAAUACAGCAACUUAGGACAUGUUGAUUGUACAUAUCCCGAAGAUACCAUGGCCCGCCUAGAUGCAGUUCAAUCAUUAUUCCCUGAUUUGCCAGAGGGCUGA